AGUAUCGGAAUUCUAUAUUAAGUUGUUUACAAUUUUCCGUUGAUUUGUACUUGAUUUGCAUGAUCUUAUACCUUGAGAAAAUUCUAUUUCAAUCCCAUUUAGUCGAAUAAAUACAAGAUUAUACAAAUUCGAUUGUUGUAGCAAUGCGCAGAGUACAAACAAACACCAUAAAACAUCGUGCUAUUUGUUGUUUAAACUAUUGAAGUAAUCGUUUUGAUUAAAACAUGGGUCGCAGAAGUGGAAAAGCAUCAAAAUUGAAACGCCAUUUGUCUCUUGAUGAUUUAACUGGUAGACCAUAUAGGUUACCCAUUGACCGGAAUCAAAUUCGUCAAGUUGACCAAAUUGAUAAUCCUCAAAAUGGACAUGAAUAUCUCUACAUGGCUAGAAAAAUGGAAGAUAAAUUGCCUCCAGUUAUGACUGCUACUAAUGUUGAACUUCAGCAAUUCAUAAACAAAUUUGAAAGCAACGCUCCUACAUAUAUAAUACCUCAACUUGAAUUGCCUUGUAUAAAAAAUAAGAAAUUACUGCCAACUAAAGCCGAAAUAAUGUCAUACAUUGAACAGUAUGAUGAUGCCAGAACUAAAAUUCACCAUGCCAGAAAAUGUAUUACUCAUCCUGAAAAUAUAUUACCAGUGUCUAAUUCACCAACUGCUUGGUUUACAUUUUUAUUUGGAAGACAAAUUAAUGCUUCUACUCCGUUGAACCCUGUCCAUAAUAUUGACAAAACUAUUUAUUUUUUUCAAAGCCAUUGUGCCGCUGUUGUUUCUAACUUUGUUCAAUGGAUCACGAAAAAAAUAAUAAACACCAGUGAUGUAACUUCUUGGACAUUUUCAGUGUAUGCUAGUAUGGAUAGUGAUCCCUGUGAAACUCUGUUAUCAGACAUGCGUAUACUUACACAGUUGUUUAUUAAUGCGCGGGCAGAAAUUGAAGAUCAUUUGGAUGUUUCUGCUUUACGUUACAGCUGUUUAAUUAAUUUGGUUUCGGAAAAAUUUAAACAAUACGAUCUCGGUGAUAUUGUUAACUAUAAAGAUCAUUAUUCUGGUAGUAGCAAGGUAAAAAAAUAAAUAUAAAUAUUAAA